AUGCUCUCUGCUGUCGACAGCGCCGCCCUGGCGGCGACGGCCCCCGCGCAGGACGUCACGGCGGAUGUCGUCAACGUGUACUGCGUGGAGGUGACCGCCGAGACCACGGAGAAGGUGCGGGCGUUGCUGGAGAGCAUCCACAACGGUGAGGCCCCCACCGCCGACACGCUCUCCCGAGUGGGCGCGACAGGCGUGGAGCUGGCGGCUUCGGCGGAUACCACCGUGCUGGACAUCCGCGAGGUGGUGGCACGUCAGCAACUCAAUGGGCCCAAGGCAGCGACCGCGGUGCCAACGAAUGACGACGUCUGCCUCACUCUUUUUGCGGUCAGACGGGGCGCCCCGCACGCUGAAACUGCACCCGCAACGGCGACAGGAGGUGCGACGAACGCCGAGGAGGCGACGGCCACGCAAGACGACGACGAUCCGCUUGUGGCGCUGCCUGAUGGGCUGACCCUCGCAGAGGUGCUGAAGUGCCCGCACGUAUUUGUUGCGGCGGCGGAGGGAGAGGAGAUCAACAGGAUGCCGGCAAGGGCCGUGACAGCGGCGACGGCCCCCACGUUGCUGCUCUUUUACGCACGGGGGUCGCGGUGGGGCGGCUACUGCUGCUGCUGUGGCGGGCUCGUUGCGGCGAUCGUGUCAAUCUUCUGCGGGUGCUGCGGGCACCGGCCCGCCCAUCAUCGCGCGCCGCGUGUCUCCCGCGUGAGCAGCGGCAACCCGCUGAGCGGCUGCAGUACAGACGGCUGCUAUCCGCACGAGACACCCGCGUGCUACCCCACCGACAACGCCUACUACCCACCUUACAACAACAACCCGCCGCCUACCUACGCGGGUGUCCCACAGGCUCAGUUCUACUACCCGCCUCCGCAGGUGCGUUACAGCAACGGCAGCGAUGCUCAAGGGCCCCACAAACAAUUCUAA